AUGCUAGCAGUAGCAGCAGCGGCUUCAGCUAGAGCAGUAACAGCACUGACAGCAGCAGCCGCUUUCAACGCAGCUGUGGCGGCAGCGGGGGAGAGGCAAGCAAGGGGGUCAUUUGCGGCCGAAGCAACGGCAGCAGCGGCAAGAGCAGCAGCAACAGCAAGCGCAGCACAUGCAGGAGGAGCAGCAGUAGCAGCAGGCUUACAUCAUCUGCCUGAACAGCAAAUGUGGGCUCCAGCAGCACAUCAUAGAGCAGGCGCAGCUCCUUCUUCCUCUCUGUGUCUGAUGUCACCCCGUAAGAAACCGGUACUGGAGGCCGCAGGCCCUAAGAGCAGGAAGUCAACUAAGGCGCUCUCGUCAGAGCAUGAAGAUGAAGCAGAAGAAGACGAAGAUGAAGAAGAUGGAGAAGAUGAAGAAGGAGAAGAAGAUGAAGAUGAAGACGAUGAGGUAGUUAAGGGACAAGGGGAAGGAGCCGGAAGAGGAAGAGGAGAAGAAGAGGCAGCUGAAGCUGAAGAUGAAGAAGAUGAUGGUGAAGUUGAUGAUGAUGACGAAGAUGAAGAGGAUGAAGAUGAAGACGAUGAAGGAGAAGAAGAAUAA